UGAAAUCAGUUCAACAAUUCAUUUCGAAUUGGUAAAAUAUUGAAACUAAUCAAUUUUAUCUACUUUUGUUCAUCGAGUGAUUUUUAUAUUCUGAAAAUUAAAUAAAUACACAACUAUAUGUUCAAUAUGAAUUCAAAAGUGAUUUGCUUCUUUGCUCUCGUAGCCGCUGUUCAAUCAGCUCCUCAACUCUACCCUGCUGGAGUUGAUCCUGCCUUGUGCCCAGGAUUUCCAAUAUGCGACAAUGCAAUGUUGCAUGGAGUUCCAGCCGUUCCAGAAAGUCCUGUAGCACCUGAAGGGCGUGCAAUUCAACAAGCUCAACCACAAUGGAGUGCACCAGUUCAACAAGCUCGAACUGUACCUGAAUGGACAGCUCCAGUUCAACAAGCUCCCGUCCAACCACAAUGGACUGCACCAGUUCAACAAGCUCGAGCUGAACCUGAAUGGACAGCUCCAGUUCAACAAAUUCCAGUUCAGCAAGUAUGGGGCGCACCAAUGCCACAAGCGCCUAUUGCACAUGUAUGGAACGGAGCUCCAGCCGCCCAACCGGCAUCAGCUGUUAUUUACCCAGCUGGUGUAAAUCCACUGUCGUGUCCAAACUACCCAUACUGUGACGUCUCGGCCGGUGUAAUGGCAGCUCCAAAAGUGUCUCCAUUGCCAGGAUACACAGAGCGACUAUAUCCAGCCGGCGUUAAUCCAGCUGAAUGUCCAAACUACCCAGAAUGUUAAGAGAAUAUAAUUACUAAUUUGGUUCACUGUUCUUGGCCUUGCGUCUUGGACAUAUUUUCUGUUGAAUUCUAUUUGUGCUUUUUUUAUGUAACUUUCUGGAAAGAUUUUAAUAGUGCCAUCAACCAAACAUUGAGAUUCUUAUUGAUGCUGUGCACACAUAAUGCAUAACAGAUAACUGACUUUUAUAUAAAACUACGAAUUUUUUUUUUCAUUGAAUAAAUGACCAAAUUUCAUUACUUUC